UUGGAGCACCAAGUCCGUUGCUGAGGCAGGACGGCUGGCCCAGCUCCCUGCAGCAUUCGGACCUUCAGCUCUCAGGAGGAAGGAGGGCUUCAGAGUCCUUCUAGAAAGCUACCUUGUGCCCCUGCUCUUCUGCAGAAUCAGAAUGAAUACACUUCUGGUCUAAAGAGGAGGCCGGAGAAGGACUGGACACUGACGCUGCCAGAGAUGCUAUGUUGCCAGCUGGUUUUGGUUUGUGUCCUCCCCCACCCCCACCUCUCUGACACAAAACUGUCUCUUUCCUGGUCACUGAGAGAGACAUGGGCUCCCCAUGUCCGGCAGAGAACUGGCUGGGAACGGACUUCCUAAGACUAGCGGCCGACAGGUGAGCCCUGGCCCCACAGUCUGUGGCGAUGCCCACGUCUUUCAGAGACAGGGACCUGCGUCCUGGACACCAUCACUUUGGCUCCUGCAGCCCCUUGAGCCAGCUCUGGCCUGGUCCAGAGCCUCAGUCAGUCAAAGGCCUUUACUACCGCAGGGCCCGGAAGGUGGGCACCCUGGACGCCUCUCCAGAGGCGGACCUGAAGAAGGAGAUCCUGGUGAACGUGGGUGGCCGGCGAUAUCUGCUGCCCUGGAGCACCCUGGAUGCCUUCCCGCUAAGCCGCCUGAGCAGACUCCGGCUGUGUCGCAGCUACGAGGAGAUCACACAGCUCUGUGAUGAUUAUGACGAGAACAGCCAGGAGUUCUUCUUUGACAGGAGCCCCAAUGCCUUCGGGGUGAUCGUGAGCUUCCUGGCUGCAGGAAAGCUGGUGCUUCUGCGGGAGAUGUGCGCGCUGUCGUUCCGGGAAGAGUUGAGCUACUGGGGCAUCGAGGAAGCCAACCUGGAACGCUGCUGCUUGCGCAAGCUCAUGAAGAAGCUGGAGGAGGCAGCGGAGCUGCGCAGGGAGGAGGCUAUGCAGCGCCAGCAGCAGCGCCAGGCCUGCCACUCUGAAGUACAGUCUUCGCGAUGGGCCCGCAGGAUGAACCAGCUGCGUGAGAUGGUGGAGGACCCACAGUCGGGGCUGCCCGGGAAAGUCUUUGCCUGCCUCUCCAUUCUCUUCGUGGCCACCACGGCUGUCAGUCUGUGUGUGAGCACCAUGCCCGACUUCAGGGCUGAGGAGGACAAGGGAGAAUGCACGAGAAAGUGUUACUACAUCUUCGUGGUGGAGACCAUCUGCGUGGCCUGGUUCUCCCUAGAGUUCUGUCUGCGGUUUGCCCAGGCCCGGAACAAGUGUCAGUUCUUCCGUGGGCCCCUGAAUGUCAUUGACAUUCUAGCCAUCUCCCCGUACUACGUGUCUCUUGUGGUGUCCGAGGAGUCCCCGGAGGCAGGCGAGAGGCUGAGUGGCAGCUCCUAUCUGGAGAAAGUCGGAUUGGUGCUGCGUGUUUUGCGGGCGCUGCGUAUCCUCUACGUGAUGCGUCUGGCCCGCCACUCGCUGGGGCUGCAGACGCUGGGUCUCACGGUGCGUCGCUGCGCCAGGGAGUUUGGCCUUUUGCUGCUCUUCCUGGGGGUGGCGGUCACCCUCUUCUCCCCUCUAGUCUACGUGGCUGAGAAUGAGUCUGGAAGGGUCCUAGAGUUCACCAGCAUUCCCGCGUCCUACUGGUGGGCCAUCAUCUCCAUGACCACAGUGGGCUAUGGGGACAUGGUUCCUCGCAGCGUUCCUGGUCAGAUGGUGGCUCUGAGCAGCAUUCUUAGCGGUAUCCUCAUCAUGGCCUUCCCAGCUACAUCCAUCUUUCACACCUUCUCCCAUUCCUACCUGGAGCUGAAGCGGGAGCAGGAGCAGGUCCAGGCCCGCCUCCGGCGUCUUCAGAACACAAACUCGGCCAGCGAAAGGGAGCUUCUGAGCGAUGUGGAUGACCUGGUCCCCGAGGGCCUGGUCUCCCCCAUCCGCUACCUGUAACUCCUACCGCCUUAGGAAUGCGCCAUAAUUUCAACUCAUCCCACGGCUGAGACAAGCUCCUGCACCUCUCCUGUGGACCAUCUGGGGGUGUGUUCUCAGAAUGCUGACUUCCAAAGCAGGAAAGGGGCCAGACCAUAACAACACUGGUGUGAUCCUGGGCACAUCCCUUAUCCUUCCCCAGCUCCCUGCCAGCUACUGGGCACAGUUCAUCUUGGUAGGCUGAGUCGGUGGCCCUGUGUUCUUUCCCCUCCCUUGCAGACUCUGUGCUAUUCCACCCUGGGUCCUGGAUGCUCAUUGAACUGACCACUGCUAAUAGUGAAAUGCGGAGUCUACAGAUUUCCAUCCUCUCCUCCAGACUCCCUCUCCAGGUUCAUGCCACCCCAGAGGGCUCAGGCACUGAGACCUGUUCAAAGCUCCAUGCAGCCCAGCAAGGCUUCCAGGCGGAUCAUGUGCUCUCUUGCUUCCUGCCACCUCCAGCCGAGUUUCCAAAUGCAGCGGAAGCACUCACUGUUCUAGAUGCUCUUAGCCAAGAAGGCAGCCCUGGCCACUGCAAUAAAUCCUGUCAGGGUCUCAUGGCAGAGAGCCUACUGUCACCUCUGACAUUGCUAGAGACCUGGGCCACAGGGCCACCUGCAAAUACCCAGUUGGCCAGCCUGACUCUUGGUGGACACUCUGGUUCUGCAGCUCUUAGUCUUGACCAGGAGACGCUGAGAACCAUACAAUGUCCUUUCAGAGAACAGCAGCACCAGGAGGAGCCUCAGCUUUCCCCGAUCAACUAAACAUCACUGACACAGCUCGGCAGUACAGCCCUAGGCCUGCCUGGUUCUAGCUCCCCACAUCUGACCCCCACUGAUGGAGGCUGGGCAUCCCUGGUGUCUGUGUGCAUCCACGUAUCCGUGUGCUCCUCUGUCAGCAGACUCGACCCUUGGAUCCACAGAGGAGGCAGCGUGCUAUGAACAUGACUUACAGAGACGAACCAGGAAGCAGCAGAGGCCCCUGAGCAGCCAGUGCCCCCAGAGUUUCCCAAGACACAGGGUCUAAUGCUGGAGGGGCACCCGGGGGGGGGGUGGCAGAGCAGACUGGGAGAAGGAGGUGGUGGAUCUCAGAGCUUUACAGAAGACAGCACUGUGACUGUGCUAGGCGUGGGACAAGGAUGACAGUCCAAGCCGAAGUGGGAGUGAAAUCCAUCCAGGAAUGUCCCGUGGGUUCACCUCCCCCACAUCACUACCAAUCUGGCACAGCAUACCUGGGAGACAUCUCCGUGGCACUUCCCAGCAGAGACACAGCUGCACUGUCAUCCAGUACUGGCUGUAAGGCCACUGGAGAAAGGACAAGGGCAGUAAGAUAGACGGGGCCCUGUGAGUCUGACAUGGCUCAGGUGUGGCAUGCAGUCAGUACUGCAGCCCUGCUAAUACCAUAUCUGACUAUUGGUCCUUCUGCCAGUAUUGAGCUGAGCCCUUUUGGGUGCUGGGCUCACUUCCCCUGACUGCAACCCAUAGCCAAUGACUUUCCAGAGAAGCCCCAACAUCUAAGCUAAAGGGAGUCUUGCUCAUGUGGGAACUCUGACAUCCUCUGAUUCCCCCAGCAGAUACAUACACGACUCCAUCUCUCUAGACCUCAAGGUCCGGAGAGCACCUUAGUUCUUACCAAGCUCACAUGUCUCAAGCAAGCCCUUUGUGUCACAUGAGGAGAGCUGAUUCCUUCAUGAGGCCCAAGGCAUGCUGUUCUGUUUCAGGGAUCAGCCAGCAGAGUCCUGGGGAUACCUGAAUGUAUUCUGGAAGUAUAUAAAAAGUAGCUUUUGCACCAGGCUAAUUUUUAUUUGUUUGUUUGUUGUGAGACAAGAUCUCACAGUGUAAUCCAGGCUAUCAUUGAACACAUAAUCUUCCUGGUUCAGCCUCCUGGCUCCCACACUAAUAUUUUUUAGCUUUAAUUAGACAAAACACUAAACAAUCAGUUUUUACUUUAUACUCUUAAGAACAGACAGCAUGGGUUCCAUCUGAGGCCCGGGGGUUUUACUCUGUCUAUGAUUGUGAGCCGGUCCCUCUGUCUCUCUGUAAACCACACUGUUAGACCAGAUCUGUGGUUCUCUAGCUAAAAUUCUACAGGACACUUUUGGGGGCUGCUGUUGUUGGGGGAUGAUCAGCCAAAGAAGCAGAGGACCCAUUGGCCAAUGAUGGUCAUGCAUUCUUCACACAACACCUAAAAGAAUACAGAAAUACCUAGACAGUUCCUCUCCUCCAAGACAGGGCUAUCCACAGGUUACAGACCUAAGGUGUUGGGCUCACCCUGGAACCAGAGAAGAAGCCACUGGGGACCUGGGCCCUGUCAGCUCUGCAUCUGUCCCUCGGUUCUGGCUGAAGGCCUUGUCUGCAUCACAUGCUUGGUUUGAUGUCCCCAGUACUGUGCCUAGCUCUCACCAGGCAUCCCCACAGUUCUCUGUGCCACCAAAUGUACCAAGGCAAAAAGAAAAGUCAAAGGUCAGCAUUGGCUAAACCCAUCAAAGACACAAAAUGUCUCUAUUGUCUGCACACAUAUACCCAGUUAUAACUCCUAUUAAAUAAG